AUGACCCGGCUGGCCCAGGAAUUGGCCGAAUUCCCGAAGCUGAACUCGUGCUACUACAAGGUACUCGCCGAGCCGCCGCCCACCAACACGUGCUUUCACGCCGAGGUGGCCCCGUGGAAAGCCUUCGCGAAUCUGCGCUACCCAGUUCUGGCAAUGUUGGGCGAGGUGGCGCUGCGCAUCGCCGAGCCGAACCAGCAGGACGCCGUCCGGCCCGAGCUCGCCAACGCGCUCGCCAAGGAUCGCAAGGACUUCUUCAGAAUGGCCCCCUACCAGGUCGCCAACCCGGGCUUCCAACUGCUCGGCCGUCACACGUGCAGCCACUUU